GUUCACUUCCACAACUACAAACCGUACUACUCUCUGCUUACUACAACCCAUACAGAGAAACAAACAUCAGCAAAUUAAUCAUGGCAACCUCUGCAAUCCAACGAUCAGCAUUCGCCGGUCAGACGGCUUUGAAGGCACAGAAUGAACUCAUAAGGAAGGUUGGCAGCUUUGGUGGCGGCCGUGUCACCAUGCGACGAACCGUGAAAAGUGCUCCUGAAAGCAUAUGGUAUGGGCCAGACCGCCCGAAGUACUUGGGCCCAUUUUCCGAGCAAACUCCAUCAUACCUGACAGGUGAAUUCCCUGGUGACUACGGAUGGGACACUGCUGGGCUGUCAGCAGAUCCAGAGACAUUUGCCAAGAACCGUGAGUUAGAAGUCAUCCACUGCAGAUGGGCUAUGCUCGGUGCACUUGGAUGUGUCUUCCCUGAAAUUCUUGCAAAGAAUGGCGUAAAAUUUGGUGAGGCAGUUUGGUUCAAGGCCGGGGCCCAAAUCUUCUCAGAAGGUGGCCUUGAUUAUCUAGGCAACCCAAACCUUGUCCAUGCCCAGAGCAUCCUUGCAAUUUGGGCCUGCCAAGUUGUGCUCAUGGGCUUUGUCGAAGGGUACCGGGUUGGAGGAGGCCCACUUGGUGAAGGACUGGACAAAAUUUACCCAGGAGGGGCCUUUGACCCACUUGGUUUGGCUGAUGAUCCUGAGGCAUUUGCAGAAUUGAAGGUGAAGGAGAUCAAGAACGGACGUUUGGCUAUGUUUUCCAUGUUCGGAUUCUUUGUUCAGGCCAUCGUCACCGGAAAGGGACCAAUUGAGAACCUCUACGACCACCUUGCUGAUCCAGUGGCCAACAAUGCAUGGGCUUAUGCCACCAACUUUGUACCAGGAAAGUGAAAGUAAUCAAGUUCUGUGCCUCAAUGAGAUGUAACAUUGCUAAAGUGGAGUUGAUCAGUACGGAUGUAAUAUUACUAGCAAAAACUGGUUAUCUUGAACUAUAUUGCACUUGAGUGUCCACCACCGUCACUUUUUCGCUAUAAUCUAAAUAAUUUCUCCUCAA